GAAAAAGGUUUUGAUCCUGUAAAAUCGAUCAACCUUUUCAACAUUAUGAAAUUUACACCUAACAUUGAUAAAUUUGCCGUUCUUCAUGAUGCAUCCAAAAAGAUACAUGUUACUUUUGAAGAUGAUCCUGUAACUGACAAUUCAUCUAAAAAGCGAUCUCAUUCCGAUAAUGACAAAGAUAGCAAAAAGAAGGUAAAAAAAUCAAUAGACAAAAAGGAAGAAAAGAAAAAGAAAGUAGAAAAAAAAGAUGCAGUUCCCAUUACAGCACCAACCACACAAGAACAAAGACAACAACACAAGUCAGCAGUUCCCAUUUCGGUGCCCUCUACUCAUAAUACGACAUCCUCUAAAAAAAAAAAAUUUAAAGUAAAUAAAAAACCACUUACUCAAGAAGAGAUUCUCGCUAAAGUUGCAGCUAUUCGUAAAAAGAAACAACUCAAACGUCAAGCGAAGGUGAAGAUCAAUGGUGAACUCGUUGCAAAACCCACUUUCCGUAUUUUACCUGAAGGCUUGAAAACGAUGAUCUCUACAAAGCAACUUGGUGAAUUUAUUUUAUAUGCACUUUCAGAGACAACACCUUUAACAUGGUGCAGUAUUAUUCAUAAGGCUAAAGUCAAUCAUGUCGUCAUGGUCUAUGCUCAAGGCCUUAAUUGUACUGAUUUUGGUGUCUCUGAAGAGACCUCCACUGGCUAUGUUGAUUUAAAUAGUCUCAAGUCUGAAGAAUGGAUUGGUAAGGCUGCCAUGCCCUUCUUGACAAGUCGAAGUCAGUAUAUGAUUCUGAAUCAAAUCUCAGGUCAUAACGGUCGUUUUAAUUCUCCAGUUGCCGAUAUCUUACAAUGUAAUAUGUCCUAUUCUAAACGUGAACGUCUGGCAGCUGAAAAAUCGGAAAAGAUACGUCGCUUUCACAACAAUAUGAGAGAGUUUUAUGUAUUGACAUUGGAGGAAAUGAAGAGAGCUGAUUAUCCAAUCCCACCAUUUUUAGAUGCUAACGUGACCUUACCAGAAGGUUGGAAGGAGACUCACCCAGCUAUCGAUACCACCGCACCCGCUAAACAAAAACGUCUUGUAGCAGUCGAUUGUGAAAUGGUUUUAACUGAAAUGGGGAGCACAUUAGCACGUAUUACUUUGAUUGAUGAGGAUGGCUCGGUUUUAUUGGAUGAGUUGGUCAAACCAGAUGCCCCUGUUAUCGAUUACUUGACUCAGUAUUCAGGUAUUACACCAGCUGCUAUGUCUGAAGCUACCUGUUCUUUGCGUCGAGCUCAAAAGCAUGUUCGUAAAAUUGUCAACCAUGAUACCAUUCUAGUUGGACACGGUCUAGAAAACGAUUUAAAGGCAAUGAAAUUAGCCCAUCCUUAUUGUGUCGAUACCUCUCUUCUUUAUGACCAUCAUCGUGGCCCUCCCUAUAAACCUUCUCUCAAGUUCUUGACUCGCACCUACCUUAAACGAACGAUUCAACAUGGUGGUAAAGGUCACGAUUCAGCAGAAGAUGCUCGUGCGACUAUGGACUUAUUUAAACUUAAAUUGGCCAAUAAACCUAGUUUUGGGAAAUUCAAAAAGACAGAACUCAUCUUUGAUCGAUUGCAAGCCUUCAGACCCCCUAGAACGUCAGCUAUUUUGGAAAGUAGUACGAGUGAACAUCGAUCCUUUGGAUCGACCGAGGCAGGUGAAUAUUAUCGCGUAGAUACAGAUGAGGAAUUGGUCGACUUGACUUUAUCCAAGUUACCCACCACUCACUUUUUAUUUACACGAUGGCAGGCAGCCGAUACCGUUCAAUGUGAAAAGGAGGAAGGUCCUGAUGUUGUUGUACCUAGUGCGGCUACUGCUGUCUCAAAGGACCGUGCAGUUCAAUUACAAACGUUGGAUGAUUAUUUACGUCGUCUUUAUGAAGGACUUCCUGAGAAUUCCUUUCUAGUCGUUUCAGGUGGUGUUCGUGAUGUUCCCGAAUAUAAAAAAUUAUAUGAAAGAUAUAGACAGUAUCAAGAAAAAUAUGGAAAUAAAAAACAUGAUUCAAUACCUGUAGAAGAACAAUGGAUAAAAGAAGAUUAUACAUUAUUAUGUAAAUAUGCCUCUAAAGCAAGAAUGAGUACAUCCUUUGUUAUAUUUAAAUCCAUUAGUUAAAAUAUAUAUGUGUAUAUGUAUAAAAAUAUAAUCUAUACAACGUAAAUAAUAAUAAUAAUAAUAAAAAAAAAAGUAGAGGGAGGAGGGAAUAUGAAAUAAUAAUUGAGUUUUUUUUUUUUUUUUUUUUUUUUUUCUUU